CCACUUUAUUGGUUGAUCAAUCAUGACUAGCCAAUCGCUGUGAAUAUUUAAUAAGACCUGAUAUAUUACACCAUGUGACAAUUUUUAAAUAAAAACUCCAAGCGUUGUUUUUCAUUCAAGUUUAAACUUGUUAGUAACGGGCACCGGCUUCAACCUUCAACUGCCACUCAGUUAAAUAUUCAUGUACAACAUUAACUGUUAUCAAACUCGAUGUAUUGAAAUUAAAAUUUAUUUAGAUGUAUAAUAAAUUUAUCAGUGUUUUGUUAUAAUUGUAUCGUGCCUUAUGAAUUAUUUGUGCAUUUAAAAAAGUAUAUUUCGAAAAACGUAUACAGGAAUAAUUAAUCAGCAUCAAGAUGGAGUCACGUUUACCCAAACCAAAAUUUGGUGUAAAAAAGCCAAUAAAUAGUACAAAUGCCACUGCGAGUUCAAAUAGUUCAUUACAAGUGCCAAAGUCAAGUACAACAUCAAUGAUAUUAUUAAAAGAUCUAGGUAAAUCUAAGACUGUAAUUGCUGAUGAUCCACCAAAAGUUAACAAAAAAGAAAAUAAACCACCAGUAUCCCAACCACCAUUAGCACGUGCUAAAACAAUGGCUUCAAUGGUACGUAAAAAUACUAUCGCUCAAGCUGAGCCAAUGACUACAAGAGCAGCUGUGAAGAGACCUGGUACAUCAACGAAUCCUAUACCUCCAAAACGACCAGCAAUCAGGCCUUUGCCUAAAACUGGAGGUAUAAAUUCUGGAUCAUCAUCAAUGUCAAACAAUGCUGGUGUGUCGGGUAAAUCAUUCAAAACAGCGGGAGUUAAAGCAGCUCCAACAAAAGCUGUUAGCAAAUGGGAUUGGAAAGGAAGAUUUGAAAUUGUUAAUUCUGAAUUGUUAUCAUUAAAAGGUAAAAAUAAAGAAUUAAAUAAACAACGUGAUGAAUUGCAAAGUAUUGUUAAUGAAUUUCAAGAAAAAGAGGAUACAUGUUCGCAAAAAAUUGUUGACCUUGAAGCAGAUAAUAUUAAAUUGAAUGAAGAAUUGACGCUUGUGAAAAAAGACAUGAAUGAACUAACGGAAAGUAAUAAAAAAAUUGAAAGUGAAUUAAAGGAAACUAAGGAGUCGUUGGAAAAAGCAACAUCUUCAUUAAAAGAGUACCGUGAAUUGUGUACAAAACAAAGUAAAACGAUUGAUGAAAAUUCCAAUAAAUUGAAAGAUCUGGAGGUUGCUUUAGAAUCUAAAACAAAGACUAUUAAUGAACUUACUGAACGUGUUAAAGAUUUACAAAGCUUGUGUCAUGAGAUGGAUAAAGAUCGACGUGUUCUUCACAAUACUAUUCAAGAAAUGAAAGGUAAUAUACGUGUAUUCUGUCGAGUACGUCCAAGAAUUUCUAAAGAAUCUUCUAAAACACUUUGUGCUAUUAAUUACAUUGAUGAAAGUACACUGGAAAUUGGCCGAGCUGAUGGUUCAGAUUCGAUGAGCUGUAGUGGAAAAAUUCGUGGUGUCAAACAAGAAUUUUCAUUUGAUAAAGUGUUUCCACCAACAGCUUCGCAAGCUGCUGUUUUUGAAGAGCUAUCUAUGCUCGUUCAAUCAGCACUCGAGGGUUACAAUGUUUGUGUUUUUGCUUACGGACAAACUGGAUCAGGUAAAACUUAUACAAUGGAAGGUACCAAUGAUCGUGAGCUUGAAGGUAUGAUACCAAGAACAGUCAGACAUAUUUUUGAUCAAAUGAAAGAGUUUGAAUUGCUCGGUUGGGAAUAUAAAAUAGAAGCAAGCUUUCUUGAGAUUUAUAAUGAACAUAUUGUUGAUCUUUUGGAUUUCAAUCAAAAGACUCAUGAUAUACGGAUGGCUGAUCCCAAAGGUAAUGAUUUAUAUGUAACUAAUUUACAAGUUGAAGAAAUUCAUAGCCCGGAAGAGCUUCAUCAGUGUUUGAGAAUAGCCCAACAAAAUCGUGCAGUUGCUGCAACUAAAUCAAACGAACGAUCAUCGCGAUCGCAUUCUGUUGCGCGGAUCAGAUUAAUUGGUACUCAUGCUGAAAAUGAAGAAAUGUCUAUUGGUAAUCUUAAUUUAGUCGAUUUGGCGGGAUCUGAACGAUUAAAAAAUGAAGAAGCUGCUAGAACUGCUGAAACUAAAAAUAUAAAUAAAUCAUUGGCUAAUUUGGGUAAUGUUAUACUUGCAUUGUUAAAAAAACAAGACCAUAUUCCAUAUAGAAAUUCAAAACUUACUCAUUUACUUAUGCCUUCACUCGGUGGUAAUUCAAAGACUCUUAUGUUGCUUAAUGUAUCACCGCUUGAUGAUUGUUACAAUGAAACUUUGAAUUCGUUAAGAUUUGCUAGCAAUGUCAACAAUUGUAAGUUAGGCAAUGUCAAACGAUCUAAAACUAUGUUACAAAAUCCUAAUAAUUCCAGCAAUAAUAAUUUACAAGCCUAAUAACUAU